AUCAAACAAGCACAUUUUGAGCAAAUCGCAUCGAGCCACGCUCUGCCGAUUAGCCAAGUCCUUUUCGAUUCAUUAGAGCAUUCUUCUCACAAAAUUCAUACAUUUCUCAAUCCAAUCUUCGCCAUGGAGACAAACCCACGUGAUAUACAACCAUCGGCAAAAGAUGCACGACUCUUAACUUUACAACGUGAAUCAAAAGCAUUUCAACAAAAGUUUAGAGGGCUAUUGGAAGAAGAUGAUGCUAAACCAGCAAAACCCAAUUUGGAAUUUGCAAGGAAAGAGUUACGAAAUGUAUAUCUGAAGUUAUUGUUUCAUCAUACAUUUAGUGCACGAACAAGAGGAAUUGAGAACAGCAUUUGGAUCGAAACAACUCAUCCAUUCGUUCAAUUGUAUAGAGAUCAGCUUUCAGCCAUUGAAACAAAGAUCAGAACGCUGAAAGAAUCACUAAAUAGCCAAGAGAAAGACAAAAAAGGGAAAUUAUCCGCUGCUCAACAUGGCAAGAAGAAAGGGAAUGAACAGCAACUUGCACAGCUCGCUCAGAUCUAUAUCAAACAAGCGUCUUCUUUUCGAUCUUAUUUGGCAGCAGAGGAAGCAUUCUGGCGCGAUUUAGCAGCGAGGAUAACCUCACUUUUUGAGGUGACAGAAGCCUUACCAAAUCUAACAGCUUUGGGAAUGAUGAACGGAGAUGUAUCUAAUUCGACUACCGGAAUGGAACGUAUCAUUGGCGUGAUAGACGUUGGAAUUGAUGAACAAGUGCUGGCCAGACAACCUGCCAACCGACAGAGGCUGAUCGAAAUCAUUCACAAAGCACUAAUAAGCUGCGGUGACCUUGCACGAUAUAGAGAGCUGUACCGGGAAGAAUCAAAAGACGAAUCAUCACAAUCUCGUAUCGGACCACAUCGUGGUGGACGAGGCGGGAGAGGUGGCAGAGGUGGAAGCAGAGGAGGUCAUCACCCCGGUUCGAUGUUCCUCGACCCUUCUCGUCCUCGAGAUUUCACCAAAGCAGCAAGCUGUUACGAUCAAGCAAGACACCUAAUUCCCUCCAAUGGAAAUCCAUGGAAUCAAUUGGCCGUUUUGGCAGCGUACAAGAAUGAAUCGUUUCCUUCAGUGUAUAAUUACUACCGAGCGCUUUGUGUAAGCGAGCCGUUCGAGAAAGCGAAGAAGAAUUUGGAAAAGACUCUGAGAAGAGCCAGCGCAAAAUGGGAAGAAAGUGGAAAUUUGCGAAAGUACAGUGCCGGCGACUCGCUGUUCUCAUCUUCUACAAAUGAAGAAGAAGAUAACGAUCUAAGCGUGUCUGACGUCCUGCAAGAUUUGGUUGUUUUGCAUGGAGCCUACUUCACACGGAGGAAAGAGUUGAUGUUGUCAACCUAUCCAACCCAUUGCUUGCGUAGAAUCUCCGUCCUCCUGCAUCGAAAGGCCUUGCACACGGAUACAAUCGUGCAGCUGAUCAUCACUGCGACUGCUUCUUUAUGGUUACGUAGAUUGUGGCGAGGGAACGAUGCGACCGCGAAAGAGGAUUCAAGGCAGACGACAACAAGCAUUGUGGCAGAGCAAAGCAUCUUGCUUCAUCUUUGUGGAUUGUCGAGGGUGUUGUUCGAGAUUGGUGCCAGCGAGACGAAUGAAGCAAUGGCAAGCACAAAGCCACAACAAAUCAAUCCUUCUAGCGCUCGCCAAAUUAGUGCUGUGCUCAGAAGAAUGCUACCGGCAGUACGUGUGAUCUCGAAAUGGUUGAAGUUGCAUAUGAAUUAUAUCCAGAGAAGCAGACAACAAUCUAGUCAAUCUACAUCUGUUUCUGCAAAUGGUGAAUCAGCCGACUCCGCAACGUCCGCCAAAGCAUCUACCCAACUUGCAAGCGGAAUAGAUGACUUUUGGGCCACAUAUGUGCACUUCAUCAAUGUAAUUCGAUUCGCCUUCCCAUUCGAAAGUUUGCCUAGUCUGGGUACCUCUGUAGGACAAAGUGGGAUGAACGGAUUGGAUUUCGAAGAAGAUCGAGAUUUGCGUGGAUUUACACCUUUGAGAAAUGCUUCUUUGAAUGACGUCAAGGCCCAUCUUGCCUCGAAUUCGCCACAAACUGGACGUAUAGAGUUAUCUGCAACGUCAAAUUUACACCCGAAUGAAGAGCAAUUGAUUCGAAUCGCUGAUAUCUUGAUUGAUGCAAAGGUGAUUGCAGAAACUGAAUCAAGUCCUGUGAUUUUUGAUGAUGCAAAGAAUAUGUUCCUCUUUGCCAGCGCUACUGGAGAGACUCCGUUUGGAAUCACAAAUGACCUGCAGGAUCCUAUGCAAAUUCACAUAUCUGACAAUGCUAAUGAGACAACUGGUGAUACGAGUAUCACAAGGCCAUACUCAGACGAUGAAUGGCGCAAUGCAAGUGAGAGUAGCGAAGAUGCAGUGGAUUUGGCCAUGCGUGCAGUUGAUGAGAGGACAAGAACUUUGAAUGAAGAUGGAGAUCAGAGUGCUUUAAGAGCGGAUGACGAUGAAGAAGACGAAGAUGAAAUCAUCUUGAUCCCUGCCCAUCAGAGAAAGACUCAAAGCGGUGAACAAAGUGGACCUAUUACUCCGCAACGUGGUGACCAUUUCCCACCGGUAACCGGAUCAAGCCAAUUGAAUGAACGUUCUCAAAAUGCAACUCCUGAGGGACAAACUGCCCAGCAUCUCUUAUUGCAAGUGCUAAAUGGCGCACAACCUAGUCAAGUUGCACGAUCUGAUUCAAUUGGCUCUUUCCAUUCUACUGCUGCGAGACAGCCUGGCUCACCGUUUAAUCAAGCAACCUUUGGUGCAAUCGGUUCAGCCGUCCCACCGCGUCCAAAUGUAUCACCGUCUGCCGCUGCAGCAGCAUGGAAUGAUGCAAGUGGUGGUGGAGUAGGAUCGUUGAAUAACGAUCAUCAUCGAACUGAUAUUUGGGGACCGCAAACAUCUCAACCUCCAUCAAAAGGUGGAUCUCCUCAUCCUUUAUUCAAUACAUUUUCACCUUCUGUUUCUUCUUCUCAAAUGAUGCAACAACAACAACAACAACAACAAACACCAAAUUGGUCCAAUAUGCCCAACACGGCCAAUUCUGCCACCGGUUCACAUUCGUUCAUGUCAGGUUGGGAUCAAUCAGGCACUGGACAAAAUGCGAAAUGGUGAGAAAUCGCGGCACUCUCAAUCUCUCAAGUUUGAUUUAGCACAUGUUACAAUUAUCA